CAGGCUUCUGCUCCUUCGGUCGUUUGCGCCGGGAAGGACAAAAACAUUUCUUGGUCUUGUUUGCAACGUCGCCCUGUCCUGCGACAAAGGAUAACUCUCGAGCGUGAUCAUUCGCGACUUCGGAUGAUGCCUGGAGCCUAACAGGACGUCCUUGCCCACCAUGACGGCUCACGAGGCGGAGGGUGUCACGGUCACGAUGCCGCCGUCCGAGAAGCAAGCAGGCUCUGAUGAGGACAUAGGCUCGUCGGCGGGCCUCACGGAAGAUGAGAAGAAGAUUAUCGACCGACAGCUUCAAGCGCCGAACGCUAAGGUCGGGUACUUCUCGCUAUUUCGGUAUGCUAAUAAGAAAGAGGCAUUCAUCAUGUUCGUGGCGACGGUUGCGUCGAUAGCUGCUGGAGCUAUUCUACCUUUGAUGACUCUUGUAUAUGGUAACUUCGCUGGGAGCUUCACGAGCUUUUCCGUGGACGCCAUUGCCGCCCAGCACUUCCAGAACCAGAUUAAUACGUUCACGUUGUAUUUCGUAUACCUUGGCAUUGGAUCGUUGGUCACGGUUUAUAUCAGCAUUGUCGGCUUCUCGUAUACCGGAGAAAGAAUUACGCAGCAGAUCAGAGAGCUUUAUUUGCGUGCCAUCUUUCGACAGAACAUUGCGUUCUUCGACUUCCUUGGAUCUGGAGAGAUCACGACACGAAUCAGCUCCGACAUGAACCUAGUUCAAGAUGGCAUAGGCCAAAAGAUCGGCCUCUUUAUCUCAGGAACCUCUAUGUUCGUUUCCGCAAUCAUCGUUGGCUUCGUCCGCUCGUGGAAACUCACCCUUAUCAUGCUCUCAGCUACCGUUGCUCUCGUGCUGAUGAUGGCCAUCAACGGCAAGAACAUGCAAGUCAAUCAGACCAAAGCCGUCGACGGAUACGCUACCGCCGCAACGCUCGCAGAAGAAGUCAUUUCCUCCUCGCGCAACGUCACCGCCUACGGAACCCAAAAGCGGCUGGAGCACAAGUACAAGGCCUUCCUUACGAAAGCCUCAGCGUGGGACUACAGGUCGAAGUUUUGGCUAGCUUCGAUGAUCGCGGGCAUGAUGGGCGUGAUUAAUGCGCAGUAUGCGCUCGCAUUUUGGCAGGGCGACCGCUUUCUUAAAUCGGGCGAGCUUGGAGUCGCUAAUAUUCUGACUGUCGUCAUGGCGGCUAUGGUGGCUGGGAUAUCGAUCGGGCAUAAUCUUCCGCAUAUGCAAGCCUUUGGGGCGGCUGUCGCAGCUGCUACGAAGGUCUUCAACACCAUCGAACGCGACUCUCCAAUCGAUCCCGAAACCGACGAGGGCGAGAAGCCUAACGAAUUCAUUGGGAACAUCGAGUUCAAGGAUGUCAAGCACAUCUACCCUUCGCGGCCUGAUACCACCGUCCUUGAGGGCUUCAGCUUGAAGAUUGAGGCAGGCAAGAUGGUGGCGUUGGUUGGCGCUUCGGGAUCUGGAAAGUCAACUAUCUUCGGCCUCCUGGAGCGUUUCUAUCUUCCUAUGAGCGGCCAGGUCUUCCUCGAUGGGCACGAUAUUAAUAAACUUAACCUCAAGUGGCUUCGUCGGCACAUGGCUAUUGUCAGCCAGGAGCCUAUACUCUUCAGUACUACGAUCUAUGAGGGCAUUGCCCAUGGGUUGGUCGGUACUGAAUACGAACACGCUAAGGACGAGGUCAAGAUGGAGCUCAUUGAGAAUGCUGCCAAAAUUGCCAACGCUUACGACUUCAUCAUGGAAUUGCAGGACAAAUUCCAGACGAGGGUCGGGGAGCGAGGCAACCUGCUCUCAGGUGGUCAGAAGCAGCGAAUUGCCAUUGCCCGUGCUGUAGUAUCCGACCCCAAAAUUCUUCUCCUCGAUGAAGCCACCGCGGCGCUUGACACCAAGUCUGAACGGGUAGUGCAGGAAGCACUCGACCGCGCAUCCAAAGGCCGAACCACGAUAGCCAUUGCGCACCGACUCUCAACGAUCAAGAACGCGGACAAUAUUGUGGUAAUGGCAAAGGGCAGGAUAGUCGAACAGGGAACGCAUGAUGAGCUCAUCAGAGCUGAUGGCGUAUAUCAAAGCCUUGUCCAAGCUCAGGAGCUCAGCUCAAAGAUCAUGCCUGGUAACCGGAUGUCGGAAAUUUCCAUGGGCGAGAAAGAAGGCGAGACCGCCGUUGACGCUGAGAAACUCAGCCUUGUUCGAACCGCGACUACGAAACCCGCCUCCGUUCACGCCAAGAAGGACGACAAGAAGAAGGACUACAGCAACUGGGAGCUGAUAAAGUUCAGCUGGGAGAUGAACAGCGGAGAGCAUGGCCUCUUGUGGCUUGGCUUCCUACUGUGCUUCCUCCUUGGUGCAGGACCAGCUAUUCAAGCUAUCUUUCUCGGUAACUCGAUCAACGCAUUUUUCUCCCCGGAGACGAACACGGGCGGACAUGGGAUGAGCUUCUGGUGCUGGAUGUUCUUGAUGCUCGCCAUUAUGACUUGGUUGUUCCAUAUCCUCCACGGGCCUACCUUGUCGAAGGCAUCCGCCAUGCUCAUCGCACGCAUCCGAGAGCGGGCGUUCAGCGCUAUCCUCCGCCAAGAUAUCGAAUUCUUCGACAGCGACACCGUAACUUCCGGCGCCCUUGCAAGCUUCCUCUCCUCCGAAGCAAAUCGUCUUGCCGGCCUGAGCGGAUCCACCCUUGGCACGAUCCUCACCUCAUUCUCGACAGUGAUAGUCUCCAUUAUUGUCGGCUGCUGUUUUGGAUGGAAACUUGCGCUCGUUUGCACCGCGACUAUCCCGCUUAUGCUCGCAUGCGGAUAUUUUCGCUUCGCUGCGCUUGUGCGCAUGGAAAAGCGUACGAAGGAGAGCACGGAUGCGGCGAGCUUUGCCUGUGAGGCUGCGAGUUCGAUACGGACUGUGGCGAGCUUGUCGCUGGAGAGCCAUCUGCUGGAGCAGUACCACGAAAAGCUUGGGCUGCAGGCGAUCGGUAACUUGAAGUUCAUGAACGUCUCAGCCAUCUUGUACGCCUUGUCGCAGGGCCUCGCGUUGUUCAUCUUCGCCUUGGUGUUCUGGUACGGCGGGCGUCUCAUGCUGCGUAUGGAAUACACUGUCCUGCAGUUCUUCAUCGUCUACGCCGCCAUCAUUAACGGCGCGCAAUCGGCCGGCGCGGUAUUCUCCUUCGCACCCGACAUGGGCCAUGCGAGGGAAGCUGCGGUCCUUCUUAAGUCGUUCCUCAACCGCAUCCCCAAGAUCGAUCAUUGGUCCACGGAGGGGAAGAAGAUCGAUCGGCUGGUUGGACGCGUCGAGCUCCAGGGCGUGCGAUUCAACUACCCGGGGCGACCCGAUCAACGUGUCCUGCGCGGUGUGAAUUUCACCGCCGAACCGGGGCAGUUCGUUGCGCUGGUGGGUGCUAGUGGUAGCGGGAAAUCGACCGUCAUGGCGCUGUUGGAACGCUUCUACGAUCCGACCGCCGGCGCCGUCCUUGUCGACGACGUUGAGCUAAGGGAUUAUAAUAUUCAAGACUAUCGGGCGCAGUUGGCAAUCGUCAGCCAGGAAACCACACUAUACACCGGUACGAUAAGGGAGAAUAUCCUGGCGGAUAAGGACGAUGUGAGCGAUGAGGCGGUUGUGCAGGCAUCUAAGGACGCGAAUAUCUACGAGUUCAUUAUGUCAUUAUCAGAAGGCUUUAACACGCUCGUCGGAGCAAAAGGCGCACUGUUGUCAGGUGGUCAGCGGCAACGAAUAGCCAUCGCCCGAGCACUGCUCCGCGAUCCAAAGAUCCUUCUCCUCGAUGAAGCCACCUCCGCUCUCGACAGCACCUCAGAGCGCGUCGUCCAAGCGGCGCUCGACUUGGCCUCAAAAGGCCGCACUACCAUCGCCAUCGCACAUCGCCUGAGUACGAUACAGCAUGCUGAUGUUAUAUAUGUUUUCGAUCAGGGGAAGAUUGUGGAGAGGGGCACGCAUGAGGAGUUGAUGGGAAGGAGAGGGGUUUAUUGGGAACUGGCAAGGUUGCAGGAUAUGGGCGCGCCUCAAUAAUACCGAGCGUCAGCGUCA